AAGUUUUCUCUCCAGUUCUGCAGCCUUUGGUCAACGACUCACACACACACUGUUGGGGCUUCUGUCGUGGUGAUGAAUUUACAGUAAUGUUGUUCUCCGCCUCGACGCAGUCAGCGUGGAUUUAAAGGCUAUCGGGAAAGAAACCUGGCUUCAAACAGGAAAACAUGUCCAACUCUGAUUACAUUAGAGUUGUUCUCCUGAUUAUUGCCGCACAUCUGGAGGAUUCAGCCAGCACUCAACACUCAAGGAGCAACUUUGGCCGACCAGCCAGGAACUCCGAGCCUGUUGUGAUUCCACGUCACGUCUCUAGAGUGUAUUUAAGCAGAGAUGAUUUGAGGCGACUUAACUUCAAGCCCACCAUUGGCUCUAUGCAGCUGUCUGAGGGACACAAAGCUAAGUUCAACUGCUCCAUCGACAUCCCCGAUGCAAGGCUGGACCCCACCAUUGUCUGGAAGAAAAACAACGAAGAACUUCUGGCAAACGAUCAUGUGGUGAUCAAUGAGCUCCGAACCAUCACGGACGGAGUCACGACUCACGUCUCUACGGUCAUCAUUAAUCAGGUGCAGAGUGUGGAUGCAGGAGUAUACCACUGCACAAUAAGCAUCAACAGUGAGAUGAAAUCUUCUCAGCCAAUCACGGUUGAGAUUGAAGGUCUGCCAACGUUCACACAGCAACCAGAGGACAUGAAUGUUACAAGAGAUACUCCUUUCAAUUUGUCGUGCAAAGCAGUUGGACCUCCUGAUCCAGUUGAAAUCCGCUGGCUUCGAAAUGGAAUCCUAGUUAGAGAUCAUAACAACUCUCUCAGCAGCCUCUAUGUUUCAGGUGUUGACGAGUUCACCCAGUUCAGCUGUGAAGCUCACAAUGCAAAGGGUGUUUCUACAUCAAGAGAAGCCAAUAUUAACAUUAAAGUUCUUCCCAGUCCCGUGUCUGAUGUUGCUGUGACAGAGAGGCAGUCCAACAAGCUGUUGUUGAGCUGGAGUCCUGGACACGAUGGCUUCUCCCCGCUCACCAAAUGUCACAUCAGAGUGAGAGAGGUGAGUCAGAGAAGGGGGGAGGUGACGACGACCAGGCUCAUCAACGCCACCGCUCCGCCUUUCCAUUGUGAGGUUCCCGGGUUGAAGGCGAUGACGCGGUACAACAUGAGCGUUUCCUGCAGCAACGAGGUGGGGGCCUCUCCGCUCUCCACGUGGGUUCAGAGCAACACCACAGAAGGAGUGCCAUCGGUGUAUCCCCAAAACGUCGACGUGCAGCUGAACGAGUCGCGACUGGUGAUCAAGUGGAAACCUCCACCAGAAGACAAGAUAAACGGCAUCCUACGUGGUUAUGAUGUCAUAGUGAGGCAUGGUGCAGAUCACAGCAAGGUUCACACUGACACCACCAUGGCUGUUGUACCUGUGAAAGCAUUUAACACAACCUACAGUGUGGAGGUAGCUGCGUGCACGCAGGCAGGGAGCGGUAUGGUCAGCCCACCGGUCUGGCUCUUUGUGUCAGAAGACAAAUCCGUGUUGAUCUCUCCCACGUCCAGCCCUGACAUGGGGGUCCCGUAUUCUGUAAAGAUUGUGGUUUCUGUGUUCACUGUCAUCUGUCUUCUGCUGCUGCUCAUCUGGGGGGCUUUGUGUUUACGCAACAGGAAGUCCAAUUCCUGUUUUGGGUGGAAGUAUGGAGGUGAGAAGUCACAACCUGUCAUCCAGUACUCAAACCAAAGAUCAUAUAAUCGCACCGCAGUCGCUGUCUCACUUGGAAACCUUGGCAUCAGUGAUGAACUCCAGGCCAAACUUGAGGGCGGGAUGAUCUUGAGGAGCCUGCUCUCAAUAGGAAAAGUUCUUGGGGAGGGUGAGUUUGGCUCAGUUGUCGAGGGUCAUUUAAAAAAAACAGAUGGCUCGUCUGAAAAAGUUGCAGUGAAGACGAUGAAAUUGGAUAGCUUCUCUCAAAGGGAGAUUGAGGAGUUUCUGAAUGAGGCAGCUUGCAUGAAAGAUUUCGACCAUCCUAACGUCAUCAGACUGCUUGGUGUGUGCUUGGAGGAAAUUUCUGGACAUUUUCCGAAACCCAUGGUCAUCCUCCCAUUCAUGAAGUACGGAGAUCUGCACAGCUUCCUGCUGCGCUCACGGCUGGAGGCGAGUCCCACGUUCCUUCCAACUCAGACACUCCUGAAGUUCAUGAUUGACAUAGCGUCGGGGAUGGAGUAUCUGAGCGGUCGUAACUUUCUGCAUCGUGACCUGGCAGCGCGAAAUUGCAUGCUGCGUGAUGACUACACAGUGUGUGUUGCUGACUUCGGCUUGUCAAAGAAGAUCUACAGUGGAGACUAUUACCGUCAGGGCAGAAUAGCCAAAAUGCCAGUGAAAUGGAUUGCAGUGGAAAGUCUGGCGGACAGAGUUUUUACAGUAAAGAGUGAUGUCUGGUCAUUUGGUAUUACCAUGUGGGAAAUUGCUACCCGAGGCAUGACGCCAUAUCCUGGAGUCCAGAACCAUGAGAUUUAUGAUCAUCUGGUUGAUGGUCAGAGGUUAAAGCAACCACCAGGCUGUCUGGAUGAACUGUAUCAGAUCAUGUACAGCUGCUGGAGAGCUGAUCCGCUGGACAGACCCUUGUUCACACAGCUACGAGAAAUGUUAGAAAAGCUGGCAGAGAAGCUUCCAGAGUCUUCCAGCAAAGAAGACAUCAUUUAUAUUAACACCAGCUUUCCUGAAGAGGACCCUGAUGGAGAGAUACUUCCUGCAGGGCAGCUGGUGUUGAGCUCCUCUCCUUCCUGCAGCCACCAGGCAGCAGAAAACACGGUGGUUACUGCGGACAUUCACAACCGUCUGGAGGAUGAGGAUGAUGAAGACAGUGAUCGUUAUGUGGUGGUGGUCUCCGCUAAUGCCUCACUAAGACCUGCUACAGUGGAGACUCCUUUUUUGUCACAUGAAACUUUAAGCAACACAAAUGAAUUUGUCACAGAUGAAAUGACAACAGAUCACAGCUCAAGUGACACUUCGUUUCUUUUAUAAUGUUUUGUACUCUGCAAAUCAAAUUUCUUCAAAGUUCAUUAGUACUAAUUGUUUUGUCUGGUUGCACUGCAAGCACUUCCAUAGCACAUCUUUAUAGCAGUUUAUGCUUCACGUGAUCAGCUUACAUUUCAUUGAACAGAAUAUUUUGUGUGUUAACAACAAUGUUAAUGCACACUUUCAUAAGCUUAAGAUAUGUUGUACUGUGAAACUAUUGACAACAUUUUUGUAAAUAAUGAAAAGUAUGGAAAAACUGAAUAAUCUUACAAUUAUAUUUGUUUGCAUUAAACUAUUUUUAGGCUGUGAUAAAUGAGAUAAAUUAUUGAAAGAUAUAAAAGAAAAUAUCCUCUUAUGUGAAAGGUUACUCGCUUAAAAUUUUGUCAACUAAAAAACGAUGCACGUUUUUCUUCUUUUUAUUUAGUUUUUUGGUAAAAUAAUAAAAAAGGGACCGCGGA